AUGAAGCUCUUCGCAACACUCUUCUCAAUGCUUUCGCUGGUCACAACGAUCUGUUCCAGGCCGCUCACUCUCGACCAGCGCUCUCUAGGAGAUGUCAUCGAGAACGUAAUAGGAAUCUUGGACAUCAUCAUCAGCGCCGUGGAGGACAACGUCGAAGCUCCUGACCCGCAGCUGCAAAGCUUGGAGGACCAGCUCACCACUCAAGAGUCAGAAGCACAGUCAUUACAGAAUGCCUCUGACCAGCCCCAAAGCGGGGAAGAGCUAGCAGCCAUAAUUCAAAUGUCGAUUACGCUCUCCCAAAGCCUGGUCGCCGCUGUCAAUGAUCAACCCGAUGUAGCAUUACCUGUGAAAGAUGAACUUAUCAAAGACAUUGAUAAAGGAGAAGCGGACUUGAUCGCGUUAUACGCGUUACUCGGUCCACUCAAGAGGGAUGUGUAG